AUUGGCCAUAACAAUCAGAUGAUUCCAGUAAAAGAACUAGAUAUUAACUCCAGUACACUAGUAGAUAAGAAACUCACUAACAGUCUAAUGCCAAGAAGCUGCCUGCUUCUAAAAUAAUUAGCUGUCAAAACACUCUUCAAACUUUAUUUGAUUCUCAAUAUGAGUCAACCGAGAAGAACUGAAAAGGAUGACAUUAGCACCUCUAUGAGGACAGCAGCAAUGAAGAGAUCAAGAACAUGGAAAGAUCCUCAACAAAAGAAAUCAAAGAUCGGUUUGUCUUCAUAUUUUGAGCAUCUGUUUUUGUUGAAUAAUUUAGUAAAAGUGCCAUCCAUUGCUGCAUCGUCAUAUUGUCGGUUUACAACCUUCAAGAAUUGGCUUGAAUCUUCUCGAUUCUAUUUAAAAGAUGAGAUGACUAUUAUAGGCAGUGUAAAAGUGGUUGAUGACAUCACAAUGCACAUACCACUAAAUCAAACGCCUAGGUAAUUUCUGUGUUUCUGGGUGG